GAUUCAAUAUUUUGUACCACUACAUUCUGCUGAAUAUAUAACGCUGCUCAUCCAACGAUUAUGCAUUCAGUUGCAAAAAGGCUGGAACUCACUCCCAUAAUGAAAAUUGUUCUAGUGAUUUUAUUAGUCGCAUCAGUGUGGACCGGUUCAAAGGCAUACACUUCUGAUGAAUGGAAGGAUUUUAUGAGGAACCUGGAGGCAGAAUGCCAGAAAGAGACUGGAGUAGAAUAUUCAAAAGUUCUAAAGACGAAAGAAGAUGAAUCGAUUGACAAAUCGGACAAAUUAUUGUUGAAGUUUGUAUACUGCGUUUCCAAAACUGCUGGUUUUGUUGAUGACGAAACAAACCUCAAUAGAGACACCAUGAAAAUGCAUUUGCAAAACUUUGGAGUGAGUGAUGAUGAUCUCACUAAAUCUUUCCAAGUUUGCAGUAAGAAAACUGAAACUGAUAUCCAAAUCCAAGUAGCUCUGUUUUAUGAAUGUUUCCAUAGAUAUUUACCUUUAAAAAUGAAAAAUAAUUGAAUAAAUCAAUGAUUGACCUAUGUAA